UUUUCUUCGUCCAUGGCCGCGCAGAAGAUCUACGUCGCGGUUGUCGGGGUAGGGCUUGUGGGCUCAGAGCUAAUAGCCCAGCUCUUAGCGCUUCCCUCUUCCCCGUUCCGGCUCAUCUCCCUCACAUCCACGACCCGCACGCUGUUUUCCUCCACUUCGCUCACAUCAACUUGGAAAUCGCAGCUUGCCGCCUCUUCUGACAAACCCGACCUCACAAAACUCUCACAGCAACUAUCCGCUCUGGUUUCGGAGUCCAAAGUCGCGCUCAUCGACAACACCUCUUCAGAAGAUGUCGCGAAGAUGUACCCCACCUGGCUGAAGGCCGGGAUCAGUGUCAUUACACCAAACAAAAAGGCCUUUUCAGGCGAUAAAUCUCUCUACGACCAGAUCAUUGCUGCCAUUCGCAGUCCGACCGGGGGUCGGGUGUACAACGAGGCCACAGUUGGUGCCGGACUGCCCGUUAUCUCAACUCUGAAGGAUUUGGUCGGCACGGGCGACAAGAUCGUGAAAAUCGAAGGCGUCUUCUCUGGAACGAUGAGCUAUAUCUUCAACGAAUUUUCCACUGGCAAGUCCGACGGGCCCGCAUUCUCCGCUGUGGUCAAGCUCGCUCGCGAGAAAGGCUACACGGAACCACACCCCGCAGACGAUUUGAACGGCUUUGAUGUCGCUCGCAAACUCACUAUCCUCGCUCGCACGAUUUCCACCUAUUCGCUCUCCGCAACCUCGCUACCGGAGCUCGAUUCAUUUGCUGCAGUAAAAACAGCAUCGCUUAUUCCUUCUGCACUUGAAAACAUCCCAACUGGCGACGAGUUUAUUGCCCGUCUGCCCGAGUUUGACGCGGAAUUCAACGAGUUGCGGACGAAGGCGAGCCAGGAUGGUCAAGUCCUGAGAUUUGUUGGAGUAGUCGACCCUGUCAAUGGCAUCGUUCGUGCUGGGCUUGAAAGGUACCCAACAACGCAUCCGUUUGCGACAUCUCUCGGGGGUUCCGACAACAUCAUCAUGUUCCACACCGAACGAUAUGGCGCGAGACCGUUAAUCGUGCAAGGGGCGGGGGCUGGAGCAGCGGUGACAGCGAUGGGUGUGCUUGGUGAUUUGCUGAAGCUUGUAUAG